GUGUUUGUUUUAUUUGGUUCGCAACUCGACUUUGUAUAUGAUAAACAGGUUAAUUUGUUUAAAUUCCUAUCUGCCGCUCAGUGCGUGAUUGCUGCUCCAAAUCCAAAGUCGUCGUAAUGUUGCGUAACAGGCUAAUAGAUGGAGUCAAGAAGAUAAAACCGAUAAUUUGGGGACAAUCGCUACGAUACUUGGUCAAUGGAGCGAACUCAAAGCUGACAACUAUAGAGGUCGAUGAUAAGAGUGGAAUCGCGACCCUAUCGAUGAACUUGCCACCAGUUAACACUUUGACGAUGGAUCUGAUGCACGACAUUAUCGAUUCGAUCAAUCAGAUCGAGAGUAACAAGAGCCGUGGUCUUAUCCUGACUUCGAGCAAUGACAAAGUCUUCUCCGCUGGCCUAGAUCUCAAUGAGCUGUUAAACCCGGAUGUGGAGCGUUUGCGGUUAUUCUGGACGCGAUUUCAGGACUUGUGGCUAGCCCUGCAUCUUUGUGGUCUGCCCACAGCAGCAGCUAUUAACGGUCAUGCUCCCGCGGCCGGAUGCGUCUUGGCCACUGCUUGCGAGUACCGGGUCAUGCUACCCAAUCUGUUCAUCGGAAUCCAUGCUACCCGUUUCAGUUUCGUUAUCUCCAAGUGGAUGAUGAACUCAUACCAGAGCGUCUUGCCCCGGCGCAUUGUAGAGCGGGCCCUUAACCAAGGUAAACUCUUCGGCACUCAAGAGGCACUGGAAGUGGGCCUCGUCGACGAAGUGUCGUGCAGCAAGGAAGAGGCUCUUGAGAAGUGCACCACUUUCAUAGCGACCUUUGACAAGGCGAAUCCCGUGGCCAGAUGUCUUACGAAACGAAUGUGCCGCGAUGCAGAUGUACGAGAGCUGCUUAAGGAUCGGGCCGGAGAUCUAAAGGAGUGCGUUGACUAUGUAACUACUCCGCUUUUCCAGGAGGGACUGUGCGCCCACCUCGAUGGCCUUAAAAAGAGGAAAUAGCGGGCUUCUAAAACUGGGUGAUCAAAUUGCAUUUAUUAUAUAUGUAUAUGUGUAUUAAAAUUGUUAAUUCGAA